UUACGAUCUUUUGUUUAUUUACUUAGUUUUUGUUUAACGGUACGGUAAAUAAUAAAGUGGUAAUUGAUUCAAAAAGUCAGUUUGCAAGCGUUGCGCUAGAGACGCUGACACUUUGCCCACAUAAUAUGCAAAAAGACUAACCGCAGCAGGCAAACGUCAAGCUAACAAUAAACAAAGGCUUUACUAUCAUAAAACAAACAGCAACUUUGCAGUUUGCGAAUUCUCAACAAAAAUUGUAUAUAACAAUUUGCGAUAUCGAAUAUCGCCGCCGGUGAUGAUUCAGUUAUUUUGGACAUUUUGACUUGCCGUGAAACUCGAGUGACAACAGAUGUUUGUUUGUGUAUAGAGUGUGUAUAUAUAUGUGUGUGCGUGUAUGUGUGUGCGUGUAUGUGUGUGUGUGUGUGUAAAAACUUGCAUAUGUGUCCGCUAAAAUAAGUGAGAUAAAGGCGAAGUAGAAGAUAGCCAAACACUGCAGAGAGUAUCUUUCGUCUUUGCCGCAUCAGCAAUACAGUCAUCGCUACCUGUUGAUGUACACGUAUCAUUCGUCACCUGCUUUCGGUUCGGUUCGUGAUCUUUUUUCCAGCGCAACAUCGGAAUUAGGUAUUGAAUAGAUGAGACCGCCAGCUUCAAGAACGCGCAAAAUGAGUAACAAUUACAACGAUAUACCCAUCGGCAUACGUGUCCUGCAGAGCCUCUCGCGACAAUGUCCUCGUUUCCACGCACGGAAGGAGCUGUGCUUCAAAAUGUCGAUAUUUCUGCUGACAUUCCUCGCCUACGCCUGCUAUCACAUGUCGCGCAAACCAAUCUCUGUGGUCAAAUCCGUGCUGCACGGCAAUUGCUCAAAUACGCUUGGAAUACAGCACACAGCCGGCGAUUGCGGUUAUGCGCCGUUUGAUGGCCCCGAUUCAAAGACGCUGUUCGGCAUGCUGGACUCGGCGUUUCUCUUCUCCUAUGCGAUAGCCAUGUUUAUAUCUGGAUUUAUAGCAGAGCGCGUCUCGCUGCGCUACUUCCUCUCGCUUGGCAUGAUAAUGACGGGCGUGUUUACCUAUCUAUUUGGCCUGGCCCGCACCUCCAAUAUACACAGCCUCUGGUAUUUCAUAUUGGUGCAAGUGUUUGCCGGCAUAUUCCAGACCACAGGCUGGCCGGGCGUCGUCACGUUGGUGGGUCGCUGGUUUGGCAAGGAAAAGCGCGGUCUAAUCUUUGGCAUCUGGAAUAGUCAUACGUCAAUUGGCAACAUUCUGGGCACUCUAAUAGCGGCGCACUAUGUGGAAAGCGAUUGGGCUCUUUCGUUUGUGGUGCCUGGCAUUAUAAUUGGCGCUGUGGGAUUUCUGCUCUUUCUGUUUCUCGUCGAUCAGCCCGAGAUUGUGGGUUGUUAUCCGCAGCAUGCCGCACAGGAGCGUCGCGUGGCCAAUGAAUCCGAUGCGGAAAACGGUGAUGAUGAUGAUGAGGAACAGGCGCGCCACAGCGAAGCCUUUUUUAGCCAUUCCGGUUAUGCUGAAUAUCAAACCGAUCAAGUCAGCUAUAGACCCUUGCCCACUGAGCGCACCCCCAUCCUGACACGUCAAGCGUCCAGGGAACGUCAUGCGGCUGGGCGACCCAUCAGCCUGGCCGAUGCCCUCCAUAUACCCGGAGUUGUGGAGUUCUCGCUCUGCCUGUUCUUCACAAAACUGGUCAGCUAUACGUUCAUGUACUGGCUGCCCCUCUACAUACAGUCAUCCAGCACAUUGGGACCAACGCUGUCCGCUGAUCUCUCCAUACUAUUCGAUGUUGGUGGCAUUUUGGGCGCCAUUGCCGCUGGCUAUAUAUCGGAUCUAACUGGCAUGUCGGCCACUGUCUGUACAGUUAUGUUAUUCUUCGCUUCGCCCAUUCUGUUAAUGUAUCAACAAUAUGGAGCAUUGUCGGUGUCAAUUAGCAUACUGCUGCUCAUCAUUGUGGGCAUCUUUGUGAAUGGACCGUAUGCGCUAAUAACGACCUCAGUGAGCGCGGAGCUGGGUCAGCACAGCUCGUUGGAGGGCAAUUCAAAUGCGCUGGCCACUGUUACUGCCAUCAUCGAUGGCACCGGGUCCAUAGGGGCUGCUGUGGGUCCGCUGCUGGCUGGUUUCAUCUCCAGCCACAGUUGGCAGGAUGUCUUCUAUAUGCUGAUCGUGGCCGACAUUAUUGCGAUGGUGCUGCUCAUGCGUCUGGUGAUUAAGGAAUGCGCCACGUUGCGUCGCUCAACGACCCGCAUUCGCAUCGAAUAGCAGCAAGCAGUUUGAUUUGCUUUUAUCUGAAUGUAAUAUUACAUGUACAUAGCGCAUUAUAAUACACACUCACACAUCGCACAUCCGUAUGAGUGUGUAUUAUUCGCAUUAACUAUUUGAAUGUUACUGUAAUUCUAUGUGUGUGAGACCAUAUCACUUGUUUUAAACUAAACAAUUAGUUUUAUCUGGUUUUUAUAGCUAUAAAUACUUAACAUGUACCGCACUAGAUGACCAAAUCGAUACCAUACAUCUAUUUUAUAUGCCGUUGUGUGUGUACAUUAGAGUCUCCUCGUUUUAAGUGCCGAAACCCAAUAUAGUCUAGAAUUAUUAUAGCACACAUUUACACUGCUAUGUAAAUACAAUUUUCGUACACUUUUCGUACCAAUAAAAUAAAACAAUGACGCAUUCAAAGU